GAAACUGCCGAAGUGUGACUCGGCGCUGCGCCGAGAAACAUGGCGGCCAAGGGGCUUCGGCAGCGCACCAGGAGAGGAAGCAGGCAAGAUGCAAACAAUGUCAAUACCCAAGCUGAUCGGCAACAUAAAGAGGAAAAAGGAGGCGAGGAGAGUAAAAUCACAGAGGCGACCCGGCAAGAUUCAGUGAGUCGGGGAGGACAAGUUUGGGCUCCAGAAGGCUCUACAGCAUUUAAAUGUCUGCUCUCUGCACGAUUCUGUGCAGCUUUGCUAAGCAACAUCUCUGACUGUGAUGAAACAUUUAAUUAUUGGGAGCCUAUGCACUUCUUGCUCUAUGGCACUGGGAUGCAGACUUGGGAGUAUUCUCCAUUGUAUGCCAUCAGAUCAUAUGCUUAUUUAUGGUUACAUGCUCUUCCGGCUUGUUUGCAUGCUCAUGUACUACAGACAAAUAAGGUAUUGGUCUUCUACUUCGUACGAUGUGUCUUAGCUUUCUCAUGCUGUGUCUGUGAGCUCUAUUUUUACAAGGCAGUUUGUAAGAAAUUUGGUUUGCAUGUUGGUCGUCUGAUGUUGGCUUUCCUCGUCUUGAGUACUGGCAUGUUCUGCUCAUCUGCAGCCUUCCUGCCGUCCUCCUUUUGCAUGUACACUACACUGGUGGCCAUGACUGGAUGGUUUCAGGAUUCAACUCCUCUGGCUGUUUUGGGUGUGGCUGCUGGUGCCAUUGUUGGAUGGCCAUUCUCUGCUCUGAUUGGUAUACCAAUUGCAUUUGACUUACUGGUGUUGAGGAGACAGUGGAAGAGUUUUAUUACCUGGACAGCUAUUGCUUUAUUGCUGUUUUUGGUACCUUUGGUGGCUGUAGACUCAUUCUUUUAUGGGAAGCUGGUGGUUGCACCCCUCAAUAUUUUGCUGUACAAUGUCUUCACACCACAUGGGCCUGAUCUGUAUGGAACAGAACCCUGGCCUUUCUACUUCAUAAAUGGAUUUCUGAACUUUAAUCUGGUCUUUGCUCUGGCUCUAUUUUCCCUGCCACUCACCGCCCUCAUGGAGACGCUGUUGCACAGAUUUAAUGUACAAAACCUGGGCCGUCCAUAUUGGCUGACUCUGUCUCCAAUGUAUUUGUGGAUGUUGGUUUUCUUCACCAGACCUCACAAAGAAGAGCGCUUUCUCUUCCCCAUCUACCCACUGAUCUGCCUCUGUGGAGCUGUUGCCCUGUCAUCUCUCCAAAAAUGCUACCACUUCCUGUUUCAGAGAUAUCGAUUAGAGCAUUACACUGUCUCUUCAAACUGGCUGGCCUUAAGUGCAGUUAUGGUCUUUGCGGUGCUCUCUCUGUCUAGAUCUGUGGCUCUCUUUAGAGCUUACCAUGCUCCUCUAGACUUGUAUCCAGAGUUUCAUCGCAUCGCCAAAGACCCCACUCUGCACUCAGUACCUGAAGGCCGGCCUGUUAGCGUGUGUGUGGGCAAAGAGUGGUACCGCUUUCCCAGUAGCUUCCUUCUACCGCACAAUUGGCAGCUACACUUCAUUCAGUCAGAGUUUAAGGGGCAGUUACCUCAGCCAUACUCACCUGGUCCUUUAGCAACGCAAAUGAUUCCUGCAAAUAUGAAUGACCAGAAUCUGGAAGAGCCAUCCAGAUAUGUAGAUUUAAAGCAGUGUCACUACUUGGUUGACUUGGACUUAAAAGAAGAAACACUGCUUGAGCCACGCUACUCGUCUAAAGAAGAGUGGAAUAUUAUUGCGUAUAAACCAUUCCUACAAGCAUCAAGGUCAUCACCUAUCUUUAGAGCCUUUUACAUUCCUUUCAUAUCAGAUCAUCACACCACCUACAGACGCUAUGUCAUUUUGAAACCGCGGCGGCAAAAGCAGAGUCGUAAGCGGAGCCAUGGCUAAAACUGAAAAAAAAAAGACAAACAAAAUCAUUGACUUCCUCUUUAAAAAGCUGGUAUUUGUCUGUGAUGUCUGUAUGUGUGAAUGGGCAUCUACAUGUCUAUAAAUGUUUACCCUUUAAGAACAUACAGUACAGUCUACUUUUGCCUGUAUGUAUUGUAUGUGGUCUCAUUCAGUCUGAAAGUUUGUGAAUGAAUGUUAUCGAGGCAGAGAACAAAACACCAUUGAUCCAAAUACCCAAUUUACUAUGAAAUCAAACUUGGAUGUUGUACAUUUAUUUCUAACCUUCUGAACAUUUUUGUUGCUUCACUCAUCUGAAAAUAAUUGUGUCUUUACGCUACACGCGAGUGGGCAAGUGACCAAAUCUAUGAGAUCAUAAUUAAGUUAAUAAUUUAAGUUAAUAAAACUGACUUGACUCUGGUUUUACCUGAAA